AUGUAUUCGUCCUUUGAUAACGAGUCGGGCCGAGUGCGUAACGUUUGCCAAGAAUUUCACUCGCGAGGCAAACUAGAAAAUACACGAAUUGUCCAGGAUGUGGUCCGAAACUUGUUGUCUGAUCCUGCCAUCGAUUUAUGCCGUGUGAACAAAGGUUAUGGAAUGGAUGAGGGUUACCACGAUGUGUAUUCCGUUCUACAUUCUGGCUCAUUUUUCUUUGAAACAUUGAAAAAUGGCGAUCUCGAGCUCGCCGAUACCGUUUGGAAUAGCGUCAGCGACCACCUGGACAGGAGUUCUGACUGCGGAGAAGCAACAGUAUUGACGGCAUGCAUUGAGGAUUGGAUCAACAAUCUUCUGCCCGUCGACGAACUUGCGAAGCCGGCCUUCGAUCAAGCCAGUCCUCCACAAAUCAUCAGUUAUCGCAUCAAGACGCCCCUGAACCUAUUCCUUCCUGAUUCUCCUAUACUCAACAAGCAUUUCACCGAGGUGACCUCCAGAGUGCAGGAGCCCGACCAAGCUCUUCGACCAAAAUUUAUUCACUUACUCUGUCGCUUCAUGAUUGCGCUGUGCUCGACGAAGACGUUCCCUUCCAACAUCAAGAUCUCGGUAAUUCGGCUGAUCUGCAAGCAUUUUCACACAUUUUGCCUCAACGGUCGAACAGAUCCCGAAUUGACUGCUCUGAAGGCAUCCGUCCAUGUACGCCCGUCUUUCCAGUCGUACCUUUACAAUUUUUUGAAAGAAUCAAUGGAUAAUUGUCCAUCCGCGACGAUGUUUUCUUCCUUGAUUGAUAUCUGGCUAACCUGGUGCCGGCCUUGGCGAUACCUCCUCGGAAAUUGCGAAUACGGCUGCAGCUUGGAGCCCUACACUCAGUUUGUGUUCAGCAACGAGCGGUUCUACACCGUAUUACUAGGGAAAAUAUUGCGCAGAAUUCGUGAGCUUAAUGUUGGCGUUGAGCAUGAGCGUGUUCUGAAGGGCAUCUUCGAAUGGGCUUGGAGGCCACCGAUGUCCACAGCUUUGGAACUACUCGGCGUCGAUCCAGUUGGGAAGAUCAUUGAAGUCGUCGAUGAUUUCCGCCGAUUACGUGCUAGAAGGAAAGAAGAAAUUGAAGAGCUUCACGAAACUUCACUUAAUAAUUCGUGGUUGCGCAAUGCUCUCUCGUCUACUUCUGAAAAAUCCCAGGCAGACCUUUUGAGGGUAGAAGUGAUGAAGCUGGACGAUAUAUUGCUGGAAGCUGAACAAAAUCUGCCGCUGGGCACACUCGCCGAAAGCGUAACUCCAUGCACUUCGGCGGCCAACUUCACCGUGACUAAUUUGUUGUACACCACGCCACGAUCAAGGACUUGGCGGCUACCAGACCACGAAAAAGACCCGUAUACAGGAAUCAUGGUGCUAACUCCAGAGGGACGCAAGCAGGUUUUGGGUCGUGAGCGCUGGUUCGACUUCCAUUCCUGUACAGCAACGAUUCCGCCAAUUCUUCGUCGAAAUAAUGAAAUCGCGUGGCUGGCUCGUUUGUUGACUGCACUGUCGUUCAAGAUAUCGCGACUCGGGCCAAUUCAAACACUUGCAGCUGCCUACGAUGACGAAUCGGUGAUAGGUGCAUUAGCCCGCGCCCUACUCGACGCACCACGGCCCCACCCUUCUCAGGCGGCACCCUAUUUCCGAGAAACGAUGCCCGUCUGCCCGGCCAUACUCAAUCUACGAUUUUUGGCGUCACCGCGCGUUCUGCUAUUGAUAGCCAUGUUAUACCCAGUUGUUUUCAUAUCUUAUUGGUUCCUGCUCUCAUUCCCGAUCGGGCUUUUCCUUGUCUUCAUUUAUGUUGUACUGACGGGUGAAUUGGGUGUA